AUGGCUGACUCACUCCAUCGGAGCCUCAAAUCCAUGUCUCUUGAAGAGGAAGAAGAACCUCUGACUCUUCCUGAUAGCCCUACCUUUAGGGUCCUUGAUGAUAACGCUCUGAGUUUGCUUGGGAAACUCCUAAACCCCGACUGCCAAAAUAUGGACAGGAUGAUUGAUUACAUGCCCACUGCCUGGCGUCUGGUUGGUAGGGUCAGAGGUAUUGCUCUGUCGUGCGAUAAGUUCCAGUUUAUCUUCGAUCGUGAAGAAGACCUCCAAACGGUGCUUAACGAUCGUCCUUGGUCGUACAAUCAUUGGACGAUGGUUCUUGAGCGUUGGACUCCAGAGCCCCCUGAAGAUUUCCUUCGUUAUAUGGAAGUUUGGGUUCGGAUCCGACACAUACCAGCGAAUUUCUUCACUCUAGGUACGAUGUUUGCCUUAGCGAAGGAAACAGGGCGAGUUCUGGAGAUAGCCUACGACCCUAAGAUCUCGCAUAAGAAAGAUUACAUCCUAGCACUGGUGUCUUUUGAUACUGAGAAACCUGCUAAGGCCUCUCGCAAGCUAACAGUGAAGAAAGGAGUCGCAAUGACCAUUGGCUUUGAGUAUGAGAGAAUUCACAAAAGAUGUUUCCAUUGUCAUUGCCUAACUCAUGAGAAACCUAAGUGCCCACUUCUGAGGAAAGGUCAUCAGAUCGUGAAGGAGCCUGCCCCAGCGCUGGAGUUGAUGCAGCAGAAUUCAGAAGAUAGUGCUGAGAGUAGCAAGUGCCCUGCUCGUGAAAGUGCUCCACCAGGUUUCCCUACUAUGUUCCCUGAGCUUCCACCAGAGGAACGUAAGAUGGCGAUGCUGUAUAUCUCUCAUUCUGAUGACACAGAGAGAUUAGCGAGGAUCCAACGAGUUAAGCAAUCUAUCGAGGAUCAAGGGAGAUCUCAUGUUGCUACGCUCACUAGAUUCACCUCGAACCUUGAUAAAGGGAAGGGGCAUGUUUUCAGUUAUGCUGAAAAGGAGACCGAUGAGAAUCCACACAAACAUCCACGCAUUUCGUCGUCCUUACCAAUCCUGACUACUGAGAUCAAUGAACACGAAGUGUCUGACUCUGCCCUAUCUGCCAACACUGGUGAUCCCAACCUUGCUAUCUCUACGGAUUUUCAGGUUGGCACAUCUUGUGUCCUUCCUGCCGGGGGUAGUAAGGAGGGUAAGCAAGCUCGCCGCAGGCCUCCGUCUUGGAAGAGAAAAUCUCAAACUGGGAAAAGUUCUCUCAACAGUUCAGGUACUCCGUUUGCUCUUAAGGAGAUCAGUGGUAAACGGAAGCCGGAAUCUGUCAAUCAAUCUCCAGCAAAAAAACCUUCAGUUCCAUCUACUAAUACGGUGGCUUCCAGUGUGAAGCCGCUGCAGUUCCAAUGA